AUGGUUGGAGGCAAAAAAUCGACCAAGAAGUUCGUGCAGAACCACCUCCCGGAUGUCCUUGAGCGACGCAAGGCCCAUGCCAAGAUCAAGCAAAGACACCAAUUGAAUGACAAGCGCAAGGAAAAAAGCGCUGCUCGCCGCGCUGAAGCCGAAGCCGCAGCAGAGAAGAACCCCGAGGAACAGAAGAAGGAAAAUGCCUUUUCCGAAAUGAACGUCGACGACUUCUUCGCUGGCGGCUUUGACAUUCCUGAGGAGAAGGGAAAGAAGGCCAGCAAGAAAGAUACCACCCCCAAGAUCGGCAAGCGCAAGCGCUCAGAAGAAAAGGCACAGGCAGAUGCUGAGGCUUCUGAGGCUGAGGGUGACAAUGAUGACGCAGAUAGUGUCGAUGCUUACGACGAGCACAAGGACCAGCUGGAGUCAUUGAAGGAGAAGGACCCCGAGUUCUAUAAAUACCUGAAGGAAAACGAUUCUGAACUGCUCGAUUUCGGCGACCAAGGCGACCUUUCAGAAGUCGACGCCCUGAGCGAAGGCGAAGAGCCCGAAGACGAGGAACCGGCCAAGAAGAAGAAGAGAAAGUCCAAGAAGGAAGAGGAGGAGCCCGAAGAUGAGACCUUGACUAUUGCGAUGGUCAAGAAGUGGCAGACCUUGAUGGAGGAGCAAAACUCGAUCAGAGCCAUGCGCCAGGCUGUGCUUGCUUUCCGUGCGGCCGCCUAUGUCAAUGACCCCGAUGCCCCCGAGCAAAAAUACACCAUUUCCGACAAGAAUGUAUACCACCAGGUUCUUAUCACCGCCCUCAACACCAUCCCCAAGGUCCUGGCCCAUCAUCUCCCUGUAAAGGAGAGUGCUUCGGGCAAGAUCAGAGUGUCAUUGGAGACCAAGAAGUUCAAGACCCUCACACCUCUGAUCAAAUCGCACACUGCUUCGGUUCACCAGCUUCUGCUUAACUUGUCCGACGCAUCGACACUCAAGUUGACCCUCGCGUCAAUUGAACCUAUGCUGCCUUACCUUCUUCAGUUCCGUAAGGUGUUGAAGACACUCGUUAAGAUUGUCGUCGGAAUUUGGUCUGAUGUUUCCACGGCCGAUGCCACCCGUAUCACAGGUUUCUUGAUUCUGCGACGCCUUAUGGUUCUGGGAGAUGCUGGUAUCAAGGAGAGUGUGCUCAAGGCCACCUACGAGGGUGUUGUCAAGGGUAGCCGCAACACAACAGUGCACACACUAGCAGGCGUGAACUUGAUGAAGAACUCUGCAGCCGAAAUCUGGGGUAUUGACCAGAACGUCUCAUACACAGCAGGAUUCUCCUUCAUCCGUCAGCUGGCUAUGCACCUGCGCAAGAGCAUUACCAACACCUCCAAGGAGUCCUACAAGACCAUCUAUAACUGGCAAUACGUGCACUCGCUGGACUUCUGGUCCCGAGUACUUUCACAGCACUGCGAUGGCCUUGUCGAGGCUCAAGUCGGCAAGCAGUCCGCUCUGCGCCCUCUCAUUUACCCCGUUGUGCAGAUCACCCUGGGCGCCAUGCGCCUUAUUCCUACUGCCACAUACUUCCCCCUACGCUUCCAAUUGACGCGCUCCCUGCUCCGCAUCUCGCGCGCCACAGGCACCUAUAUCCCGCUCUCAGCUUCACUUCUCGAGGUCCUGACCUCAGCAGAGAUGCGCAAGCACCCUAAGUCCAGCACCCUCAAGCCCCUGGACUUCAACACAGCGAUCCGCGCGCCCAAAUCCUACCUGCGCUCGCGCACUUAUCAGGACGGCGUCGGUGAGCAGGUCGCCGAGCUCCUCUCCGAGUUCUUCGUCCUGUGGUCCAAGCACAUUGCGUUCCCGGAACUGUCCGUGCCCGUCGUUGUCUCCCUCAAGCGCUGGCUGAAGCAGGUCUCUGCCCGCAGCGGUGGAAACAAGAACGCGAAGGUCAACCAGAUGAUCAUGCUGCUCGUGCAAAAGGUCGAGGCCAAUGCCCGCUGGAUCGAGGAGCGUCGUAUGAACGUCUCAUAUGCUCCCCGAAACCGCUCUAACGUCGAUUCUUUCCUCAAGGAUGUUGACUGGGAGAGUACUCCUGUCGGUGCGUUCGUUAAGACGCAGCGCAAGCUGCGCGAGGAGCGUGCUGCUGUCCUCGAAGAGGGUCGCCGAGAGGAGGAGAAGCGGAGAGAGGAGGCGAAGAAGAACGGUGGAGAGGAUGAGGAGAUGGGUGGUGUUGCUGGCAGUGAUGAAGGCAGCGAGGAUGAGGGUGAGGAGGAAUUGGAGAGCGAGGAGGAAGCUGAGAUCGAGAGUGAAGAUGAAGAUGAGAUGGAGAUGGAGGACGAGUAG